AUGCCUUCAAGUACUUCUAUCGAAUCACUUCUUCCCCCUCUCAAACCGGAAUCACUGCAAUGCAUAUAUCGAUUACAGCGGUACAGACCAUCCGUGGAGAACAGGCGAUAUCCCAAAAGGAGAUCAGCGGCAGUAGCGGUCGUACUGUUCGUCGGUCGACUAGGUGAUCUAUACGUUCUACUAUCUACCCGAGCGGGGGAUAUGCGUACAUACGCUCACGAUACAGCUUUACCUGGAGGGAAAUAUGAGGAAGGUGAUGUAGAUGCUGAAGGGACUGCUAGAAGGGAAGCUUAUGAAGAGAUUGGUCUACCGAUGGAUAGAGAAAAAGUGAGAAAAUUGUGUGAAUUAGAGAAAUUCAUCACUGGAAAUUCAUUGAUUGUAACUCCAGUGAUACUCCUGAUCACAGACCACACUCUCACUCCUCUUCUGAACCCCAGUGAAGUCCGUCGUCUAUUCUCCAUGCCACUCAGUGCAUUCCUACAUUCUCGACCUUCUCAAAUCCCUUCCUUUCACUAUCGGAUAUCCCAUCGUAUAUCUUCUAUACCACAUUGGGUCAUCGACUCGAUCCCUCCUCCGCCGAUUGUCAAUUACUCGAUGGACGACGGUGAAGUCGGUGGGAAAGAAGGUAGAUUCUAUCAGUAUAGGGAUAUCACAUGGAAUGGACAGGGUCUAGUAAGGAUGCAUAGGUUCUUGACUGGUAGGGAAGGAGAGGGGGUAAGACCUGUAUAUGGAUUGACAGCCGCUAUACUCAUAAGAUCAGCUACGAUAGGGUACGAUCAACAACCUGAUUUCCCCGUAUAUGCCCCAGGUCAGAAGUCGAUGGGUGAACGAAUCAUUUAUGGAAUCAGAUCAGAGGAAGGUCCUCUGAGGAGAGCAGUGGAAAGUGAAGGAUUGUGGGAUGAUUGGAAAGACGACAGUCAGGAGGAGAAGAAAAGCGUCAAGUCGAAAUUGUAA